AUGAACGAGGAGAUGAAGCUGGCCACCACAACUGACCAGUUCUUUCAAGAUGAGAAGCUGAGUGACCAGUACCUAGUGCGAUGGCACUAUGCGCGCUACUCAAGGCGCAGCUCAUUGGGGAUGGAGGAAACGCAAGCCCCGCUCUACACUGAGAAGGAAGGUGAGUGGACCGAGGGCAUUAACAGGAUAGUACUGCAUUGUGGGAAUCUGUUCAGGUAUUAUUUCUGUCCCCCCUCCCCUCCCCUUACAGGAUCGAACUUCCAGCCUAGUCUCUGGUUGAUGGUUAACCCUGGGCUGGCCUGUCCCAUCAAGUACCCAGAGGUGGAGCAGCCCAAGCCCCAACCUGCCCCCCCGCUGAUGGAACCGAAACACUCACCCCUGCCCCCUGCCCCUUCUCCCCAGUCAACUAGAGAGGAUCUGAGCCUGGACGAGUCCCUGCUCUGCACGUCUUCAUCCAGCGAGUGCAUGUUCACAGAUGAUGACACUUCGUCCCUCGAUAUCCCUGUUCCACGGAAACCCAGAAGCUCCCCCAAAUUAAGGAAAAAGCCCCCGAAAGAGAAGGCAGUGAAAAUCAAGUCCCUGAGCAAGAGGCUGCAGAAGGUCCUGCAGGAGAGCAAUAACCUGAAGAAGGGGUGCUGGCCACGGCCCCCUGUCAACUACUGCAUCCUCAUCGCCAUGGCCCUCAACAACAGCCGGAGCGGCAGCCUCAACGUGCAGCAGAUCUACAACUUCACACGAGAGCACUUUCCCUUCUUCCGCACGGCUCCCGACGGUUGGAAGAACACGAUCCGACACAACCUGUGCUUCAGCAACAGCUUUGAGAAGACGCCGCAGCUGGUGUGCAGCCAGGGCAAGCGCAAGUCCUGCCUGUGGAGGCUCACCGUGGACGGGCGCCGCCGGCUGCGCAGAGAGAUCCAGGGGCUCUCUGGCGACUCAUUCAAGGUGCUGCGCAUGAGCAUGAUGGAGCCAGACAUUUCACACUUGAAAGAACUGGAGGACAGCGACUCAUGA